AAGGCGUCUAAAGAGACCCGGAGAAGAAAACGCAUCAUGACUUCAAACUAUUCAUCAACACAAAUGUAGGUAGGUUAUCCAGCAGGUGUCCUGGAGCUGCUGGAAACAGGAAACUUCAAACGAUCCUCUCGCAUCUGGACAAAAUGGACUGGCUUUCAUUAUCAAUUAACAUAUGAGUAACGCAUCAUGUCCAUGUGACGUGACAUGCCGUCCGAGCUGCUCUUGGUCUUUAGGUCUUUCCCAUCGUUUUGAUCGAGUGAAGAACAUUGUGUACGCCUACUUUUCUGAGUAUUUUUCUUUUGCCUUGAGUAACACUGGAGGGGUUUAACAUGUUAAACGGUGCAUGAAUAGUCACUUUAUCACAGGGAAUCAUUAUGGCUGUAGAGGCGACACUUCUGGCCGCCAGACAAGGCGAAUUUGAAACUCUGAAAGUGCAUUUAGAGCGAAAAGUGCUCAAUAGUGAUGUAAAGGACUCGCUCGGAGCGACGCCUGUGCACUACGCGGCGCGCGCUGGGAAGCUCAAGUGCCUCCAGUUCUUAGUGGAAGAAGCGAGUUUACCGGCCAUCAGCCUGGCGCACAAUGGCGCGAGCCCCGCUCAUGACGCAGCUGCCACCGGCAACCUCGCGUGCCUGCAGUGGCUUCUGACGCAGGGAGGCUGCCGCGCAAUGAGUAAAGACAAUUCAGGAGCCACUGUCCUGCACCUGGCGUCACGCUUCAGUCAUCAUGAGGUCACAGACUGGCUACUAAAGAGUGGUGAAGGGGAUCCCAGCAUUGCCAUGGACACGGGUGCUGUGCCUGUCCAUUAUGCUGCUGCUAAAGGCGACUUGGCCAUGCUCAGGCUGCUAUUGGGACACAGCCCAAAUGUUGUAAACUUCCAAACGAAGAAUGGUGCCACACCUCUGUAUCUUGCAUGCCAGGAAGGCCAUCUAGAGGCUGUUCAGUACCUGGUGAAGGACUGUGGUGCAGAGCCAACUAUUAGAGCCAAUGAUGGCAUGACACCUUUGCAUGCUGCUGCCCAGAUGGGACAUAACACUGUCAUUGUUUGGCUGGUGGACAAUACAAACAUCAGUCUGUCUGACCGGGACAAUGACGGUGCCACUGCCAUGCACUUUUCUGCCAGCCGAGGCCAUGCCAAGGUUCUCAGCUGGCUCCUCCUCCACGGUGGUGAAAUCGUGACAGACAGUUGGGGUGGGACGCCUCUCCAUGACGCAGCUGAGAACGGAGAGCUGGAGUGCUGUCAGAUUCUGGUGGUGAACGGGGUGGAUCUGGGUAUUCGGGACAAGGAUGGCUUUACUGCAGCAGACCUAGCUGAAUACAAUGGACAUGAGCACUGUGCCAAGUACCUCCAUACAGUCGAAAACAUGAGCGUGGAGCACCGUGUCUUGUCACGGGAUCCCUCAGCAGAUCUGGAGUAUAAGCAACCUGACUCAGGUCACUCAUCUCCUAAUGCCACGUUAAACACGGCAGCCUGUUUCAAUAUGGGCUCUCCCUCCAGCUCACUGUCCAACUACGAUUCGGCCAACUCCAGUCAGUCCAGCACAGGGGAGAAAAAGGGCAACACGGCACUAUUACGAGUAACAGGGAGCUCUGAAACAGCCAUCAGUGACAUGCAGACCUACAUGGACAUGCUCAACCCUGAUGUCUCUGUUGGGGACCAGAACAAGAAGGGACCAUCUAAACCACCACCUCCUCCUACUUUCCCCCCACCUCCUCCACCUGGCUCUUCGCAAAUCCCACCACCUCCACCCAUGUAUCCCGCACCAAAUCUACCCAAGGAGGAUUCUGCUGAGUUUCUGAAAGUGAAGAACAACCUGCGUCAUGUGGACAAUUCCACAGUGAAAAAAGAGUUUCACCAGUUGUCAGGAGGGGAGAACUCAGACAGACUGCGGCGGGUGGACUCCAACAGGAAGUCACGAAGCUUCAGUAAGCAGCCCAGCACUGGAGACUAUUAUAAGUCCCUGGGCAACGACAUCACGGACGGGCAACACGGGACAGACAUGGCACCCAAUGAGGAGGGUUCAGUGCUGUUGGAGGAGCCAACAGACGCCUCCCCUGUAGUGGAGAAUGGGAUAGGAGAGACCGAAGAGCCUCCUGCUCCUCCACCUCCACCUGCGCCUCCCCUGCCUCCUGCCCAGACUCCACCUCCAGCACCCCCUCUGCCUUCUGAGCCCCCCACACCUCCCCAGAGCACCAACACUCUUCCAGGGGCCUCAAGCCAGCGCCGCAUGUCCUCCUCCUCCAGCAGCACUAAAUCCUUCAACAUGAUGUCUCCUACUGGCGAUAACUCAGAGCUUCUGGCUGAAAUUAAAGCUGGUAAGAGCCUGAAGCCCACACCUCACAGUAAAGGCUACACAACUAUCUACUCCAGCGGUGGCUCUACAGCGAAUAACGGAGAAACUCCAGUGUUGCCACCUCAGUCCCAAUCUGAAACCCAGCCUGAGUCCCAACCUGGUCUUCAAACUCAGUCGCAGUCACAGCCCCAGUCCAAUGCAGUCCAAUCAGCAACCCCCACAUCUGCUUCCACUUUGCCAUCUACAAACACAAAUCCUCCUGCUCGCAGCAGUUCACCCGGGAACCUGAGCACAUCACAGAGCUGCGAUCAGCUACCUGUUGUGGUCAACGGCAACAGUGCCUCGGGUCAGACGCGCAAGUCCAGCGUGGAUAUAGAGGCCCUGGUGCCCACCCAUGAUGAACAAGGCAGAGCCAUUCCAGAGUGGAAGAGGCAAGUUAUGGUGAGGAAAUUGCAAGUGAAGAUGCAGGAGGAAGAGGAGAGCAAGAAAAAGGUUGAGGAGGAGGAGGCUCGGCUCGCUUCGAUGCCUGCUUGGAGAAGAGAUAUCAUGAAGAAAAAGCUGGAUGAAGAGAAGACGGGCAGGGAGCAGAAAAGGAAAGCAGAAGAGCGACAGAAGAUGGAGAAGGAGAAUGAAGAGAAGUUGGAGCUGGAACGACUACGUACAUUAGGCUAUGAUGAGACCAAGCUGGCGCCGUGGCAGCGGCAGGUCAUUUUAAAGAAAGGCGAUAUAGCCAAACAGUAGUUUGUCCCUAUUCUUUUGCCGCAUGUGUCUCUCAUCGUGCAUCAUCUGUAGGACACUGCAUUACAGACAAUUCUCCAGCUCCAUUCCACGUACCGAGUGGCUAAGCACAGAGCAUGGCUGUUUGAAUUCAUCCAACUGCAGAUUUGUACUGUUCAGGACUUUUAACAGAUCCAUAGUACAUUGUGAUGAGAAUUAUGUGUGAUUGUAAAAGCCUAUAAUUCAUUAGUGGUCUCUGUGCACUUGUAGAUAGAUUUAAAGAAAGAAAAACAUUGUCAGUCCGCCAGCAAUAAAGGUACAUAAUUUCAGUAAAGUUAAUAUACUCACAUUUUCACACUUAACAGUCUUCAAAGUAUUUUCAUGUCUAAAUAGAGCAAUUAUUUUAAACAAAUAUUUUUCUUUUUUUAAAACCUGCAAAUCAUUUUUAAAGGAAAUUGGAAUAUAGCGUACUACUUAAGCAGAUGCUGACAUCAAACUACAUAUAAGUGCACUGAAAUAAUUGUUAAAGAGUGAUUUAUCAACUACUUUUGGCAUAUGAGAGAAUGAUAUAUUAAUUGACAGUAAUGUUCACAACGUUAACAUGGAUUUUUUGUGCAUGUUUGUUAGUUUAUAUUCUUAGCAACCAACCCAUUAAUUAAUAGCAUUCUUAAUUAAAAAAUUUUAAGAUUUUAAAAAUGUUUUAAUUAUUUUUACACAGUGAUAAAAACGUGAAAUUAUCCACACCUGACUAUAAUUAUAGCAGUUACUGUAAGAUGCACAUUUGUAUUUUCAUAAUGUCCAGAAAAUGGCAGAUUCCUCUGGCUUUAAUAUUCUACUGUGUAAUGCAUUACACACAUUCUGUCCAAAAACCAAACCACAGAGUUUACUCUAUGUGAAGAAUAUUGGGCAGAUUACAUGGAUGUUAAUAUUUACAUCAUUACAUCUACUAAUAACAGUAGACCAUCCCUUGUACACAUAGGGUACCUGGAUCUCAGAAAAGUGCCGGAUGUGUCUUUCUGAAUGUCUGUGUAUAUAUUGUUGUGUCUGUUCUGUGUCAUAAAAGGUGUGAUAGUUUAACGUGAUGUAUUUAGAGUGUACAUUUUUUUGCAAGUGUAAAAGAAAUUGUCAUUCUCAUUCAAAUAUGUGCAAUGCAUGCAAUAUUUAGUUGAAAUUCAUUUGAUGCCAUAUUGAUGUUUAAAAACAAAGCUAUAAGCAAACACAAUUGCCAUUAGAAGAUUUUCUAUUUAUGAAUAAUGUACAUAGUUAUACUGGGGGGAAAAAAAUGUUUCCCUUUUGUUGCUGCAUGAAGGUCCUGUUUUUGUUCCUCCUUCUUUGCUUGCAUUGAUUUAUUACUGUAAACCAUCAUUGUCAGACGGGCAAAUGUAGCAAAAUAAAAACAUUUGAUUUCUUGGAA